GUGGGGAGGGGGGGAAGAUGGUAUUCAGUCGACGAAAUCUCACGAUGCUUCCAUGUAUAAAAGGGCCGCUUUGUUCUGACACCGGAUGGAUAAUGGCCUUCCUUACCAGCAACCACACCGGUCUUCCCACACUCGUUUAGUAGGGUAAUAUCGUCUCUCCCACUCUUCAAGAUGGUCUCCUUCGCCCUAGUAACGCUGGCGGUUGCCGCCACCGUCCGAGCCCUGCCUGAGAUCACCCCCAUCGUCCGGGAGAACACAUGCAGCAACUGGCCCUUCUACCGCCAGUUUUCUAGCGUCGCCGGCCCGUGGACCCUCUUUGCCUCCUCGACCGGCACUGAUAUCGACAACAACAAGGCCUCCUACGUUACCUUUUCCGACACCAGUCUCGCAGCGGGCUGGUUGAGUAUCAGCAGCCGGAACGACACCGCGACGCCGCAGGUGCAAUGCCAGGCCUUCGGCAGCUCCGACAUGCUCGCCGUGAACAUCGGCGGCCGCUUCGAGCCCCUCAGCGUCUCGGCCUACACCUACCACAACUACGACGGGCUCAUCUUCGCGCGGACCGUCACGCGCGGCGCCCCGAUCCAGCCGCACUGGCACUUCUUCGCCAACGGCACCCGCCAGCCCGGCACCUUCCUCGGCUGGAACAACCAGACCACCUGGGCCUUCCGCCGCCUCGAAGAUGCCAACUCGUUCCGUGUUCGCCUCCUGUUCGCCGGCACGCCUGGCCUCGUCGAUGGCGAGUUCGCCGGCUUCCUCCGCGCCGGCUUCGCCGAGCUCGAUGAUUAGGCGGCGACCGGCUUCCAAGCGCGAGGUGAUGUGGGUGGCAUCUACAUCAUUCGCGGCGUCGUGCUCUACAGUCCCGAGGGGUACGAGUCGAUGAUAUAGUCCCUAAUUCAUAAUUAAAAGGGGCAAG